AUGGAUGGGACACGUGUCGGGUGGAAUGCCAUGAACAACUGCACCGAUCAGCAGUACUGGGACACCCUCGUUUGCCAGUGCAUCCCCUGCAGCCUCGUAUGCGGCCGGUCCACAGUGAGGAGGUGUGCUGCCCUGUGCGAGUCCAUGGACUGCAACAGGAGAGCCGGCUUCUACUACGACAAGCUCCUGAAACAACUCCUGAAACAAUGCAUCAACUGCACCACGGUCUGCGGGCAGCACCCGAAGCAAUGCGCCCCGUCCUGCGAAACGGGUGCCCUGGUGGCCACCCCCCCUCCGCCAGCCGUCCUGGUCACGGCCUCGCCGCCCGCGGCUGGGCUGGGGCAGGUGUACCUGCUGCUGGGGCUCUGCCUCUGCGCCCUCAUCUGCUCCCUGCUCCUGGGCUGGACCCACCUGCGGAGGAAGGGAGAGGUGGUCUCCUGCCAAGCCAGCGCUGGGACCUGCCACCGCAGGGAGGACUCCUCCAAAGAUCGUCUGGUGGAAGCGGGCAGCGUUGGUGAUGGAUGCACCGGCAGCAGGGUCCCAGAGCCGGUGGAAACCUGUGGCUUCUGCUUCCCUGGACACAGCUCUGCUGUACAAGAGACCAAAUCAGGCCACAGCACCUCCUAUCACACAGGGGAAAGAGCUGCUCCCUCCCACAGCGGGAUGUGCAGCACGGGAAGCGCGGGGGCCGUUCCCAGCCCUGACGACGGCCACUUCAAAAUCAUAUGUUCUCCUUCACAAGAGAAGACGCCCACGGCCUGA